CAUAUACCUUAUGAUCCUCAAGAGCAAUUCCUCACCACUGAAGAGAGACCCAACGGGGGCUCCAGUGGCUCCCAGCGCUUGUUCUCAGCACUCCAGAAGUCUGGGGCCGGGAAGGGGGCUGGUAGAGUGGGCAAACCGUUUCCGUUGCCUUCUCACUGGGGAAUUUCCUCUAUGCUCCUUCCCCCAUGGACAUUUGGCCCAGCCUGACCACCUUGUUCCCUCACUCAGGUUUUAUUGAGCACCUGCUCUGUGUCCAGGACUGCUGGGUUUGAGGAUAACAACAAGAUAGAUGUAACCCCUGCCUCUUUUAAUGGAGCUUACACUCUAGUAAGGGAGACGCUCAGUGCACCCAUGAACACUCAUAAAAGAUGAUCGACUUUACAAAAUGAUAAACACUAAGGAAAAGAGGCUGAUAUGAUGAACAGUAAGUGCCAGGAACAGCAUCACCCAGGAGGUAACAAAUGAACCUGCUUGCCAAGAUCUGUGACUAAGACACUCCAGGUAGUGGGAGGCUCUGAGGUGGGAAUGAGCUUGGCCAUUGAGAGAAAGGAGGGCUGGCCAGCAUUGUAGAUUGCCAGGAGCUGGGGUGGCUGCUUAUGGCCCAUGAGUCCUUUUAGUCACAGGAUGUUGAGCAGUAAGAGCAUUGGGUUUGGAGUCAAGGGGUUUAGGUUCUAAUCGUCCUCUGACACUGGCUGCGGGAAUGUGGAGGAGGCCCUAUGCCCCCUGGUGCCUCAGUUUCCACGUCUGUAUGUCCAAGCCUACCUCACCGGACUGUUGUUGAGUCUAUAAAGAAGGCACUUGGCUCAUGGGAACAACAAAAUAGUAGUUGCCUUCUCACUCUCCCCUCCACUUCUGCUGAAAUACCCGCUCCAUUAAGGGAAACUCACGAUUUUGCCAGAAGUCUUUGUGCCUUAUUGACGGGUAUGGGCUAUGACGGUUAGGAAAUUCGGCUGUAAAUUGGGAGGAAAUGUGCUCCCUGCAGCUUCCGUUGGAGGCCCCAAGCCUUUCCUCCUCCUUCCCCGCCUCCCCCACUCUUCACCUUUCUCCCCCCCCCCCCCCCCCACGGCUCUGGGAUUGAGGGCAAGAGCCUAGAAACUUCAGAUCCAGACCGGAGUCCUCAGAGCCGGGAACUCUGUCUGGCGACUGGGACCGUAGCGCUGAGGUUGAAACAUUCUACCUACAGUGAGCCGCUCCCUUAGUUACUAUUAUUUCUAAGCGCUUUAUAAAUCCGCGCCCUCCCUAGGGCGGUUUAGGUUUCCUGAGCUCAACGCCGCCUUGCGGCGAGUCCUGGUCAUUGCUUUCUCUUGGCCUCUGCCCAAGUAAACUCCCGGAGCGCUGAGCCGGGAGUUGAGCGCGCGUCUGGGAACUCAAGCUUGGGAGGAAAGGAGCCACAGUGGGAAAGACGACAGAGGGUGUGAGGAAAGUCUCUUGCAGAGAGCCGCGUCUGAUCCCGUCCAGCGUCGCUCAAAAGAGGAAUGGCAUGAGCAGCGCCCCUGCUCCGGGCCCGGCGCCCGCCAGCCUCACGCUCUGGGACGAGGAGGACUUCCAGGGCCGCCGCUGCCGGCUGCUGAGCGACUGCGCGAACGUCGCGGAGCGCGGAGGCCUGCGCAGGGUGCGCUCUGUCAAGGUGGAAAAUGGCGCUUGGGUGGCCUUUGAGUACCCCGACUUCCAGGGACAGCAGUUCAUUCUGGAGAAGGGUGACUAUCCUCGCUGGAGUGCCUGGAGUGGCAGUGGCGGCCAUCACAGUGACCAGCUGCUCUCCUUCCGCCCAGUGCUCUGCGCAAAUCACAGUGACAGCCGUGUGACACUGUUCGAGGGGGAGAACUUCCAGGGCAGCAAGUUUGAACUCAGCGAUGACUACCCAUCCCUGCCCUCCAUGGGCUGGGCCAGCAAGGAUGUGGGUUCCCUCAAAGUCAGCUCUGGAGCGUGGGUGGCCUACCAGUACCCAGGCUACCGGGGCUACCAGUAUGUACUGGAGCGGGACCGGCACAGUGGGGAGUUCCGUAACUACAGUGAAUUCGGCACGCAGGCCCACACCGGGCUGCUGCAGUCCAUUCGAAGAGUCCAGCAUUAAGCUUCGCAGCCUUGACAUCUCCCCUGAGGACC